AUGAUAAACCCUUCAAUCGAGAAGAACCCACUCCAAAUCCCCGAGAUCAGAGCCCGGGUCAGUCGCUUAGUCUCCUUGGAGGAUGCCAUCUCCUGCGUUCGCGUUUCCAAGGCUUGGUCCAAGGAUUUCACUUCGGCGAUAUGGUAUACCGUCGAUUUUAAUAUUCACCGCACUUUCAAAGACCUUGACGGCAAUAUUAUCACCAAGCAUGGACGCCACAUCCGCACUAUCGAGAAUAUCAAGACCCAGCCCGAACUGAAUGCUGUUCUUCGUUCAACAAUCAAGAAUCAGGACGUCGCUCUAUUCUCAGGCCCCUCUAUCGAUGCCUUCAAACACAAGGGAGUGGUUACCUUGCUGGCUCCAAUCAAACAAGUUUUCCAACCUGAUCCCGAAUCCGGCCUAUCGUCCCUUGGCUUUUCACUGCUCGUGCAUUUCCCCAACUUGAUUGAAUGGCACUGCUACAACCUGUCGGCAGCCUUGUUCGUUCCCGUUGAGCGAAUCAAGACAGAGGUGACAAGGUGCUGUCCACGAGUGACCAUGAUUGACACAUGGAAAUCGCCUCCGCAUAUUAUACACAGUUUGGUGGCCAACGCGUUUUACGGCUUGAAGAACGUCACAUUUGAGUACAUUCAGCUCUCCAUGGACGUCAUUGUAGCCCUGUUAUUUCACAGGGAAACAUUGCUGCGGGUGUGCGCCUCCUUGGACAGCCAGUGUUCUUAUACCGAGAGAGAUGAGCUUCCUUUGGAGGGCGAUCACUUUCAACAGUCGGGUCGAGCUGUGCAAUUGCUGCCGCGGUGCUGCCCAUACCUCAAGUUUCUCGAGUUUGAGGGUCACGAGAUGGACAUGGACAUUGUGGAAGAGGAGGAAUGGGCAUGCAGAGGUCUACAACAACUUCGGGUGCGCAUUCGAGGCUUGAACACGAAAGAGAAGGUUGACAGGACAUUGAAGUUAUGGAAGGAAGGAAGACAAAGGAAGGGCGAGGAGGACACUACGUUCAUCGAAUCUCAUAUGAACGAGGCCAAGGAUACGUCAAUCGAGGCGCGCGUUGCAAGACAUCUCUUAGCGCUCGAGAAACUGGAGGCAGUCUGGCUGGGUACUCGUACGUUUCAUGCUUGA